GGUUCCACGCCACGAAUCUGAUUCACGUAGUUCUCUGUUCUGAGUUUUCACACAAGACGGAACAACUCCCUCCUCGAUUCAUUUACGAGUGCCUCAGUUCCUUUUCACAAAUCCAACGUCAGAGGGAAGCUCAGAGUUAGAGGGAAGCUCAGAGCUUGGCGUCUUCGAAUUGUUUUCCUCCUCCUUGAAAACCAACAAUCCCCACAAGGACAUUGCCAAUUUAUUGAAAGCUUACUUCUGCACUUACUCAUCUGCAAAAUCUUCUCUCUCCCCCCCCCCCCCCAACAUCGUCGUUGAUUGAAAGAGAGAGGGAGAGGGAUGGUGGGUUCAACUUCAAGCCAGACCUUGCCUUCUUGGAUGGGCGCAGCAGCAUCAAGGGUAGAUUCUGAAGGGAACAUUUCGUCUUCGUCGGGGACGGCGGUUAAGGAAGGUAGAGAGGAUACUUCGCAGCAGCAACAUCGCCAUUCUAACUCCCUCUCGUCUUCGUCCAAUGGCAAUUUGAAUUUUGGAGAAAGAGCUUUGUCUGCAGCGGGUGCCGCCUUCUUCUCGGCCAUCCUCGUUAACCCUCUCGACGUUGCCAAGACAAGGUUGCAAGCACAGGCUGCUGGAGUUCCUUAUCAAGCGCUAUGUCCCAUGUCUUCAUUUAAUAAGAACAUAAUGCUUCCAGAUCUGAGAUGUUCUACAUCAAACACUCGCGUAGUUCUUCGUCCUGGACCAAUGUGCCCUCGAGAAUGUUCCCAGUAUAAAGGGACACUGGAUGUCUUCUAUAAAGUCAUACGCCAGGAAGGAUUUUCAAGGCUAUGGAGAGGCACAAAUGCCAGUUUAGCAUUAGCUGUGCCAACUGUGGGGAUCUACUUACCUUGCUAUGACAUUCUUCGCAACUUUAUGGAAGAACUCACAGAACAAAAUAUUCUGAAUUUGAGGUCAUAUGUCCCUUUAGUGGCAGGCUCAGUGGCACGCUCAUUAGCUUGUAUUACAUGUUACCCUAUUGAACUAGCAAGGACACGCAUGCAGGCAUUUGGAGAAACCCAAACUGGCGUGAAACCUCCAGGGGUAUGCAGGACACUUCUUGGAGUCAUCAACCCAAUUGGGAGCUCAAACAUCCUUCGGAACUUACAAAGUUACCGCAUGCUGUGGACUGGCCUUGGAGCACAACUUGCUCGCGAUGUUCCUUUCUCAGCAUUAUGCUGGUCAACUCUUGAGCCAAUCAGAAGAGCAAUUCUUGGCCGGGAGGGUGAAGAAACCAAUGUAGCCAGGGUCCUUGGGGCGAAUUUCUCUGCUGGUUUCGUUGCAGGAGGCCUUGCAGCUGCGAUUACAUGUCCACUGGACGUAGCAAAAACCCGACAACAAAUAGAGAAAGAUCCUGCCAGGGCAUUAAGUAUGACGACAAGACAGACUUUGGUGGAAAUCUGGAGGGAUGGAGGAAUGAAAGGAAUGUUUACAGGAAUUGGCCCUCGCAUUGGUCGUGCUGGACCCUCGGUAGGGAUUGUGGUUUCCUUCUAUGAAAUUGUCAAGUAUUAUUUACAUCAUACGCACUAAUUUGAGGGCCACAAAUGGUAGGAAGUAGUAGGAACAUUGUCCUCUUACCAUUCAGCAUACUACCACAUUCCCAGAGCGUUUCACAUAGUUGUGGCAGCUUAUGGAGUGUGAGGUGGUGUUUCAGCAAUGAGUUGUUUGAGGGUUGAAGAUAAGGUAGAAUAAACCCUUUUUUCUCAACCAAAUUAGUUGGGUUGAAGAUACUGAAAGAUUGAAAAAAAAAAAAAAAAUUUAGAAUAAAAUUCUGCCCCUUUGUCUCAGCCAAAUUAGUUAGGUUUUGUUGUCCGUUUUUCUAUUGUAAAACAAUUUAUGUUAUAAAAUUACUUGCGUCAUAAAUUAAUGUACAUGAAAGUUUAAGGGUCUA